AUGGCGAGUCCACUAGCCGUCUCCGGCGAUAGGAAAUCCGAUGACCUCCAAAUCGUCUCCGUCGGAGCUCUCUAUAGCGGAUCCUGGGACAAGAAGUACUGGAGCUCUUCUAGGGGAAAAGAUCGUUUCCCUUAUCCUGUGGGCUACAAAGCUGUUCGAGCUCACAAUGAGAACACAUUUUACAUGGAGAUUGAAGAAGGUGCCAAGGGACCUUUAUUUCUGAUUAGAUAUUUGGCUGAAUCAUGGACGGGACAGACCCCAGAAAUCGCAUGGGGGAAGUUCCAGAAACCAGGCUUGAAAGUAUGGCAUGGAAAACGAUUUACUUGUAAGAUGAACGGCAUGGAGUUUUUUGGUUUCAAAAACCGGUUGGUUCAGAGGCUGCUCCGGGAACUUGUGACCAACUCCCACUGCAUGGUAAAAUCUAGCUCCAGCGAUAAGGUUUCUCAAAAGCCGAUCAAUGAUGAAAGGCCAGUCAUGUGUGAAAAUCCAACUUUAUUAUCUUAUCUGGACAAGCCAGUGGCUAGAAAGAAGAGAAGCAAAAAGCCUGAAAUAUCACACCAAGAUUCGAAAGUAAAAGAUAGCCAUAAAAAGCCAAGAUUACAAGGCUCAUUUUCUGGUUGCGAGAUUUUAGACUCAGCGCCAGUGUCAGUCUGUUCAGCAAAAGGAGAAGUGGAGAUGGUUGGCCUUGAAGGAGCACCGCCAGAGCAGUUGCAUUCUAGUCAUGCUACUAAUGAAAAUUCAAAUCUACCAUCAGAGAGUCUACCACAAGAGAAAGUAGCCGUCCCUAUCCAAGAAACAGACCGACUUCCUGACAUCUGUAAAUCAACGCCAUUGUCCAAAAUUUCUAUAGAGGCUCAUGAGUUGCAAGAAAAGGAAAACAAACCCAACGAUGAUAUAUUACUGCACGAGAGCCAAGAUAUGAAUGGUUCCAAUCUCUGUGCACCCGAUACCUUGGAAUUUCUACAAGAUAGCACCAUAAGUUCUGCUCCAAAUAUUGAUGAUAAUACAAGUUGUAAGCAAAAAGAAGAAUUGACCCUCGCUGACAUGUUACUCGAUGAAGGGCAUGUAGCUGAUUCAGCUGAACCAAAUGCAGAAGAUUUGACUGAUUCAGCUCAUCAGGAAACUGUCACAUCAAUGAUCUCGUUUCUACUUCCUCAAGCAAUACCACUGCUCAAGAAAGCCUCUCGCAAGAAGUCCAAAAAAAAUGAUAUCUCUUCAGACAACUGCAAAACGAGCCAACUUGAUGAUGCGUCAGGAGCCGCUGAGUCACUGUCGAUAAGAACAUGCAGUGGAGAUGAUGAGAACAUGCAAGUCGUUUCUCUUAAUUCUGUUCAGGAUCUUACAAGUAAUGUGUCCAUUGUCCCGGAUAGCUUUGAUGAACCUCACUUGGAUGCUCGUGGAAGUGGUCAUAUCAUCUCUUCUUGCAAGGAAGCCUGUCCGACCAUAGAUAAGGAACAAGUUGCAAUAGUAAAUGCAAAUCUAUUGGUUCCUGCUUUGGAUACUAUUGAAAUCAUAAACCCGUCUUCACAUGAUGUUAGUACUAUUUUGGAAGAAAAUAAUCAAGACGGAUGUGUGAAGAAGUGCAUGUCAAUACCACACUGCGCUAGUACAACCAACAUGAUUUUAUCCCAAGAAUCUGAGGAACUCUGUGCAGCAAAAGGAAACUUAAUGCAAACAGAACACCGCUCUGAAUACAAGGAACCGAAGAGUAAAUCUUGUUCUACUGAAGGUAAUGGUUUCGUGGUUGGCACAUCCCCUACUGAAGUUGGUUCGAUCAGAAAAGAAAAACAUAAGGUGUAUAGCAGGAAAAGAGUCUCGACCAGUCAACAGCUAAGAAACAGAAACUCAUCCUCGGAAAGUAAACAAAGCUGCAGAAAUACUGGAGAUAAUGAUUGCAUAAGCAAAAUGUCUCCUAUUAAAAUCCCACGUAUCUUGGAGCUUCAGCCGACUUUGCCUACCAAAUCUGUAUCAGAUAGCACAAAUCCACUGGAGGAUGAAAGUGGUCAUGUAACAGAGCAAUGCCAGGGUCCUGAGUUGAUGAAGGUGAAUAACAACAAUCACUCCACUGAUGUAUCAAGCAAUGAGAUGUGUGUGGUACAACCGGAUAUGAGAACAGCUCAUGAUUUUGGAAAUGCAAGUAUAUCACCAUCCUCAUUUCCAGCUUCAAAAGUUGAGGAAUUUCAAGCCGAUACUGGUGAGGCAUUGGGCAUCCAAGUCUCUGCACCACCUUCUACAAAGUCUCAGUAUAAGGAUAAUACCAGCGAGAAAACCAUCUCCAGUGUGCCGGAAUUUCCAGCUAGUUCGAAUUUAAAGCUCAGCAGAGAUAUUAAGAUCAACGAUAAGAUGGAAAAAACAGUUGAGCUGCUUGGCUGCUACUUUCAUCCCAUGCCUGUUUCAUCAGUAUCACUUCAGUCUGCUGCUAAUGAUAUCUAUAUUUGUGUGCUGAGCUUUGCUACAGAAGAUAGAGUUAGAACCCUGUUUAUGUACAAGAUAUCAGCUAAAUCACCAACCAAAGGAUUCCCCUCUAUCGUUGGUCACACACCUGCCAUAUUCCCAAUCGUGGAUGACAAAUCUGGUGGAAAUGUGAAUCCUAGAACACUUGAGAGAUCUUAUUUGCACUUUACUCCAGACGGGCAACAUCUUAUUUUUACUGGCAACAUCAAAACUCCUUACUGCAGGAAAAGGGAAAUUGAUUGCUCGUGUUUGACUUGUGCAUCAGCCUGCUUCGAGGAGAAUGCAGUGAGGAUUGUCCAGGUGAAAACUGGUCAUGUUACUCUUGUGACAAAACUUCAAGCAGUUGACAGCGUGCAGUGCGCGGUGGUGUGCGAUCCUAACUAUCUCGUUGCAGUAGUUAAAAGUGGAAACCUUAUAGUCUGGGCCAUGAACUCGCAGUGGAGAGAUCCUACGGAAGAGUUCGUUAUACUCGUGAAUCCUUGCAUAUCUCCAUGCAUCGUGGAACUGAAGAAGGUCCCAAAAUGUCCUCAUCUCGUUAUCGGGCGUAAUGAUAUUGGAGAAUUGACAUUAUGGGAUAUCUCAAAGCGAUGCCUAGUAUCAAGAUUUGUAUGUCCCAGCAAUUUGAUCUUUGAGUUCAUCCCAACCAGCUUGUUUGCUUGGCACCCUGUACAUAGUCAUUCUACAAUCGAGGAUCAAAUGGACAUGAUUUUAGCUGCAACAAAACUGUGGUUCUCAAAAGGGGUCAACAACAAAACAUUGGUACCAGCUGAAGUCAAAGAUACCGCCAUCUGGCUUUUAGUCUCUACCGAUCUUGACGCAGACGCUAAAUCUAACCCUGAAAGUCCUGCUACAUGUUGGAGAUUGGCUCUGCUUGUGAGAAACCAAGUCAUAUUUGGAACUCAACUAGAUCCAAGGGCUGAUGUAGCCGGAACAGUCUCUGGUUAUGGAGUAGCAGGCACACUAGAUGGACUUGUGUAUUUAUGGGACUUGGCGACCGGCGUUAAACUUGGUUCUCUCUAUGAUUUCAAAGGUAAAGAAGUGUCGUGCAUAAGCUCAGAUGAUUCCGGAAAUAUUUGUAUAGCAAGUGAAGAUGGUCAGCUUCUGGUUUAUAGCCAUCCCGCAAAGGAAACUCAAGAUCAACAAGGGUAA